AUGCUCAGGGCCUGGGCUCUGCACAACAAGAGCAUGUUAGUACAUAGAACUCUUCCCGAUGAAGAGGAGAAACGUUGGUUCCUCUUGAAAGAGCCAGCUCUAACUCUCCCAUCCAAGAAACCCCCAACACCAAUCCCAGACCUGAAUGUCCCCUCCAUAGCACCACCAUAUGCACCAUCUAAGAACAACAACGACGUGAACGGCCACUCGAACCCGGCUCCAUAUAAACCAAAAGAGCUCCAACACCCUAACACACACUCCAAACCGCCUGCUCCUCAUUCCCAUUCUGACCAGCACCCACAUUCCCAAUUUGGUAUCUCCUACUCCCCCUACAAAGCAGACAGGACCUGCAAGAACCAAGAAGAAGUGAACGACGACUUAGACCGAAUCUCUCAAUACUCCUUCAUCCGCAUCUAUGGCACAGACUGCGACCAAACAAGAACCGUAACGAACGCCGCACGACGACACAACAUGCUUGUCUUCGCCGGCAUCUACGACCUAACCGACUUCCCAAAAAGCCUCGAUACCUUCGGGGAGUCAGUAACAAACCCCGAUGGCAAAAUAGACUGGUCAAUUUUCCAUACGAUCGCCAUCGGCAACGAGCUCGUUAACGGCGGUACCAACUCCGCUGCCGACGUCGCGACCGCCGUGCAAAAAGCACGCUCCGUGCUCCGCGCACAGGGCUACACAGGUCCCAUCGUCACAGUCGAUACUUUCUCUGUCCACCUCAACCACCCCGAACUCUGCCAUGUCUCCGACUACUGUGCCGCGAACUGCCAUGCUUUCUUCGAUGCGACUCAGCAGCCUGCUGGAGCCGGCGCUUAUGCCCUAGAGCAGGCGCGUAGCAUCUCUGCCAGAGCGGGCGGCAAGCGUACCAUGAUCACGGAGUCCGGCUGGCCGCAUGCUGGGGAUGCGAAUGGGGGUGCUAUUCCUUCGGCGGAUAACCAGCAGGCAGCUAUUGCGAGUUUGAAAAAGAGUUUUGACCACCGCAGAGAGGAUUUGGUGCUCUUUACUGCUUUUGAUGAUUUGUGGAAGGAUGACAACAUGUACACCUUCAAUGCGGAAAAGUUUUGGGGGAUUCACGGGGGUUUGUAG